AAUAUAAAUUCCAACCCCUUUCUCUCUAAUCUCUCCUCAAUUUUGUUUACAUUUUGAGCUCUUACCUUAUGAUGAUUUCUUCUUGGAGACGGCGGAGAGCCGCCCGGCGAAUGGCGAGGGUUGGUGUCAGUGGCGACACGGUGGAGUUGACGAUCCCGAGCCAUUUUCGGUGCCCGAUAUCGCUUGAGUUGAUGAAAGAUCCAGUGACUUUGUCGACCGGGAUCACGUACGAUCGAGCUAGUAUUGAGACUUGGAUGGAAGGAGGGAAUUUCACCUGCCCUUUCACCAACCAGCCAUUGCAAAGUAUUGAUUCUAUUCCUAAUCAUAACAUAAGGAAAAUGAUCCAAGAUUGGUGUGUUGAGAAUAGAGCUUAUGGGAUUGAGAGGAUUCCAACGCCGAGGGUUCCGGCCAGUCCGGCACAGGUUCGGGAGAUUCUUGAGAAGAUGGCCACUGCAACACGGCGAGGGGAUUGUGAUGGAUGCAAGUCUCUGGUGGAGAAGAUCAAGAAAUUGGGAAAAGAAAGUGAAAGGAACAAGAAAUGUAUUAUCAACAAUGGAACAGGUAAUACAUUAUCAUCAACAUUCGAAGCAUUUUCAAACCCCGAAAAAUUCGAGAAAAGCAUCGAGAUUUUAGAGGAAAUUUUAUCAGCCAUGACAAUGAUGUUCCCUCUACAAGAAGAAGCUAUUAAACACUUGAAAUCAGAAACUUCAUUGCAAUCAUUGGUAUGGUUUGUAAAAGGAGGAGACAUUUCAGGAAGAAGAAACUCAGUCUUGGUAUUGAAAGAGAUAAUUUCAUCAUACCCAGAAAAAGUGAAUGAAUUAGGUGAAAUUCAAGGAGCAUUAGAGGGUCUUUUUAAGCUUAUAAAAGACCCAAUUUGUUCAUCUUCAAAAAAGGCCUCACUUUUCAUGACAUAUCAUGUCAUAGCCUCAACUUCUUCUCCCAAUCAAGAGAGAUUCACAAAAGCACUUCUUCAAAUGGGGUUGGUCUCUUUACUACUCGAAACCCUAGUCGACGCCGAGAGAAGCGUAUGCGAGAGAGCAUUGGGAGCGUUCGAUGGCAUUUGCGAGACGAAACAAGGAAGAGAAGAGGCAUAUGCGCACGCUUUGACAAUGCCUGUGAUUGUGAAAAAGAUACUUAGAGUGUCGGAUUUGGCGACCGAGUUAUCGGUUUCCAUUGUUUGGAAGCUUGUAAAGCAUGAGAGUAGAGAAGAUGAAGAAGAAGAAGAUGGAGGGGUUAAAGUAGAAGCACUUCAAGUGGGAGCAUUUCAAAAGCUUUUGUUGUUGUUGCAAGUUGGAUGUAGUGAAUGGACAAAGGAGAAAGCAACUGAGUUGUUGAAACUCUUGAAUAAUCUUCAUAGGGAUAGGUUAGAAUGUAUUGAUUCUUUGGAUUUUAAGGACCUCAAAAGAACAUUUUGAUUCAAAACUUCAUUACUUAAAUUCAUGAGCAUAUAUAAUGCAAAAAAUGUAAGUUGCUUGUUUGGGUGAGGAUUUUGUGGCCCUUUCCUUUUUUUUUUUUUCCAUUUUGUACAACGAAAUUAAAGGCAAAAAACAAAAAAAACAAAUAUAGGUAUGACAUUUUUCCA